CUCCAUUAUUACGUUUCAUUCUUCUCGUUCUUGAAACCAUCACAACUGACCCCCAGCGGAAGUAUAAAAACGCAACUCAGUGUUAUAUAUACCCUUAUUCCCUUACCUCUUUCUCCCUUCCUCUCUCUCUCUCUCUUUCGACCAUGUCCGGACUCCAGUUUGGAUUGAACAUCAAGAAGAAAGGAACUAUCCUUGCUAAACCAAAACCUGCUGCAAGUCGACCAGUAGGAGGGCGUAGUGCUUUCGACAGUGGCAGUUCUGAUGAAGAUAAUCUGGAUAAGGAUAAUGACGAUAAUGACAAUACUGAUCAGAAGCAAAAUUUAAAAAGAGGUCCUAUAUCCUCUACAUCUUCAGUCAACAAAACUCUUCGUCCCUAUGCUACUGCCACGCUUCAGUCAACAGCUGUAAUUGAACAGCAAAACGCAGCGCUAGCUGAGGAUGCGACUGUGUUUGACUAUGAUGGCGUCUAUGAUCAACUCAAGGCUGGUGAGCGUGCACGAGAGCUCGCUCGCAAAAAAGAUUCUGCAGAACGAAAACCCAAAUAUGUUGCUGCACUGCUACAAGCGGCCGAGACUCGCAAACGGGAUCGACAAAUCGCAGAAGAGAAACGAUUGGAACGUGAAAGAGAAAAAGAAGGAGAGAAAUUUAAGGACAAGGAGAUGUUUAUCACGCCAGCCUAUAAGGCUCAGAAGGAAGCCAUGAGGCUUGCAGAAGAAGAAGAUCGAAAGAGGGAGGAGAUGUUGGCCAAGGAUAAAGAUGGAUCAUUGAUGCAAGGAUUUUACCGUGCGUUGUUGAACGAACGUACAAGGGCUCGACCGACUGAAACUGACAUUACGAUUGAAGGUGUUUCGUCAGAAGAUAUUAAAGCAUUAGAAGAAGAGAAGCGACUUAAAGAAAAGGAAGACCGCGAGCGUGCAAGGGAAGCUCAAGAGCAAGGUCUGAAUGUAACCCUGAAUGAAGAUGGACAGAUUGUUGACAAACGUGAGUUGCUUAAAGGUGGGCUCAACAUUAUCAAGAAAAGUCAGCCCUCAGCUUCACAAAACGACUUACGUCUCAACAAACCCUCUUCAAGCUAUGACCGUGAUCGUGCAUAUGCUGCCUACAAAGACGCUAAAUAUGGCUCAUCAUCAUUCUCACUUCAAGGGAAAGGUGAGCAUGGGAAUAUAUCCAAAGAUCAGCGCACGAGGAUGACAGAAAAGAUCGAGCAACAGCUUUUGGAACAGCAGAAACAACAAGAAGAAGAAGAGAAGAAGAGACAAGAAUCUAUUCGUGAAGCACUCAAGCGGAAAAACCAAGAUGAUCAGGUCAUGGAUGCCAAAGCUCGUUACCUGGCAAGAAAGGCAGCAGCAGCCGCAGGAAAAGCAGGUUCAUAG